AUGCUGGGGGUUAGCGGUGAUAAGGAGAAGCCAUGGCCUCCUCCGCACCAUCUUCUUGCUCUUCGCCCUCACCUCCAUCUUCCUCGCCCACUACUUCCUCCUCCAUCCCCGCCCCUCCUCUUCCCUCGAAACCCUAACCCUAACCCCUCCCUCAAGCCCUGUCCUCCCUCCCUUCCUUCCUCCCUUGGUCCUUCUCCCCCCCGCCACUGGCCCACUCUUGCCAGGCCUACUUUGGCCAUGGCUUCUCCUGUCGGAUCAACCUCCUCUGCUCCUCUUCCUCCACCAACGGCGGGGGGUGGUCUUGAUGCUUCUACAACGAGACCCCUUGCAAGCUCCAUCUGCAAUGGGGGGCAGGGUAAGGAUGGACCCGGGGAGGAUCUCGAUGACAGACUGUCACGCUCCGAAUCCGGGACAUAA